AAAACAAAUCCGCAGCGUUCGGGGCGGGGCCUCAAGCGCGCUAUCUCCGCCCCCUGGCGGCCAGCUCAGCGGCGGCAGCGGCGGCGGCUCAGAACAGACCCCGCCCGUCGAGGAGGAGGAGGGAGGGCUGCCAGCGUCGACAUGCUGCUGGAGGAGGUCCGCGCAGGCGACAGGCUAAGCGGGGCCGCGGCCCGAGGCGACGUGCAGGAGGUGCGCCGCCUUCUGCACCGUGAGCUGGUGCACCCCGAUGCCCUGAACCGCUUCGGCAAGACGGCGCUGCAGGUCAUGAUGUUUGGAAGCUCCACCAUUGCGUUGGAACUUCUCAAGCAAGGUGCCAGCCCCAAUGUCCAGGACACCUCCGGCACCACUCCAGCCCAUGAUGCGGCACGCACUGGAUUCCUGGACACCCUGAAGGUUUUGGUAGAGCAUGGUGCUGAUGUCAACGUGCCUGACGGCACCGGGGCACUCCCCAUCCAUCUGGCGGUGCGAGAGGGCCACACCGCUGUGGUCAGCUUCCUGGCUUCUGAGUCUGAUCUGCAUCACAGGGACGCCAGGGGGCUCACACCCCUGGAGCUGGCACAGGGGAUAGGGGCCCAGGAUCUCAUGGACAUACUGCAGGGGCACGCGGUGGUACUGCUGUGACCCGGGGCGCCCACUGCAGCAACCAGACCCAACAGGGUUCUGUGUCAAAAGAGGAAGAAAGAAACACUUUCUCUCCUCACUCCUUCUGCCCCCUGUCAAAAGGGGAGGGGCACCAGUUUGUGGCUUGUUGGUGUUGAUUUGUGGGGUGUGUGUGUUUGAGGGACAUUUCUCAUUUGUUUUUCUCACCCCUUUUGAUGUGUUGGGCAGAGAAGGGCUCCUGCAGGCAACAGCCGUCUAAACGGUUCAGUUUUCUCUGCGCCUCAGAUUGCUGGGGCUGCAGACGCCCAAGGGCAGAGCGUUUAAAGCCCCAGCCCGAGUGAGGUCAUCGCUUCCAGGGCUCCUGGAACCUGGCGACCUUGGCUAGCUGUACCCAGAGACAGACCUCAAAUGUGCACACUGCUUUCAAGCAUGGGGGGAGGGGGGAGUGUUUAAAAUCAAUAGAAGGGUAGUAUGAGUUCAUAUUUUGUUGGAAACUUGUUUUUCAGUCUCUUGUACAGCGUUAAAAAAAGAUUCUAUUUAUUAAGCUUUAUGGAAAAAUAUUGUUGUGUGAUAAUUUAAUGUUUUUACCCAUUAAAUUAAGACUUGUGCAUGA